GGUAGUGACACGCCCUCCUCCAUCCGGAUCCGGGAGAAUCAGCGACGCUCGCGUAAUCAGCGCAAGGAACUCAUCCAAGACUUGCAGCGUCGCGUUCAGGAGUAUGAGGCCAAAGGAAUCGCAGCAACGCAGGAGAUGCAGCGCGCUGCGCGCAAAGUUGCCGAUGAGAAUGCACGCUUGAGAAGUCUGUUAUCCAGUCGCGGUGUCGCACACGAGGAGAUAGAGGCGUAUUUGCGCUCGUUUGAUGCUGCGAGCACUCCGAACCAUUCGUCCGCGAAUCGCUAUGCUUUACCAGUAUCGAGGCCACCUGUUUUGGCGAUCCCAGCAGUAAGCUCUUUUGGGUACAUGGCGUCGCCUUCCCUUGAUUCCGGUCUGCUGAUAUCCUGCGAGACAGCUGCUUCUAUCAUUGCGGAGAUGCGCGGUGAUGGUGAUAGGCAAAGGAUCAGAGCAAGUCUGGGCUGUCAUGGCGACAAAGAAUGUAGUGUCAAGAACACUCUUGUUCUGGAGCUGAUGGACGAAAGGUAG